AUGUAUAAUUUUGCGGGUUCGAUUGCUUCUUCGUCAUCCAAUGAUGAUAGCUUUGGUGAAGAUGACUUGGUGUUGCACACGUUGUUGUUUGCGGCACGCAAUAGGGUGCAACAAAGAGGCGAAAGUACAAAUACUGAGAAGAGGCGUAGAAUUUCGAUAGUUUGGGAUCGUAUGGCGGCACACGAGCUUUUGGUACAUGAUUACUUUGCCCCUGAUAGUUUGUAUGACCUAUCAAAAUUUGAAGAUUGGUUUCGUAUUAGUAGAAAUUUAUUUUUACGUAUUGCUAGAUAUUUGGAAAACAAUUAUGAGUUUUUCCAAUUAAGAUGGGAUGCAAGAGGUAAACGUGGGUUUAGUACCCUACAAAAAUGCACAACAGCCCUUAGAAAAUUGGCAUAUGGCAUAGCAGCAGAUGCUUCAGAUGAGUAUCUGAAAAUUUCUGAGAGGACUGGACGAGAAUGUGCUUAUCUUUUUUGUGAGGACUUAUGUCAUAAAGCUUUAUGGUUUUAA